AUGGAUUCUAAUUCUCACAUCUUCAUUGAUCGUUUGAUCACAGAAUUGGCACAGCCUGGAUUUUCGAAGACCUUAAAACCACUGAUGUUAACAUUGCACUGCCUAUUCCCAAACGACUUCCUCCCAGCUCUUGAUAUCCUCGACCGCAAACUAGUACGUCGAAUUGUGCGCUCAGAUCAUGCAUCCCCAGAGACAGCCCAAGAGGAUAUUUUCAUUGUAAUAUCUGCUUCGGUACCGCCUUCACUCCCGGGUUCAUCAACUUCCCAAGAAAAGGGCUACGAGGUUCGGCUGCGUGCCUGGAAUUGCAGUUGUCCUACAUUCACCCUGUCUGCAUACCGAGACCCUCAACUCCCGAAUCAUCCGACAAACGAACAGAACCAGUUGGCCUACUCGUUUGGCGGAACGUUGGCUCGUGGCACGGCUCGGGUGUCGCCUCCUACCUGCAAACAUAUCCUAGCCUGCAUUCUGCAUGCGCGAUGCCCUGAGCUGUUCGGGGUUGACGGGGUUGGCAAAUUCGUCAUCUCCAAGGAGGAAUUGGCAGGCUGGUGUGCUGGUUGGGGUGGUUGA